AUGAGGUUUCUCAUCAUACUUGCCGGCCUCGCAGCUUCUGCAGUUGCCGUCCCGCACGACGACCACAAUUCCACCGAGGUGGUGGUGAUUCCGACUUCCACCCACUCCCACGACCACGGUGCAUCCGUGCCUCCUAGCAGCUCUCCAACCAGCCCAGCAACCUCCGCCCCCACCGGCUGCUGCCUCCUACACACCGACGCCGACUUCCCCACACCCGCCGAAUGGGCCUCGGCCCUCCCCGGCGUGCAGCCACCGACUCCCUUCGGCACCCACGCGCGGCCAGACUACGUUCUGCGGGCCACGUGCGUCGCGCAGGUGCAGUCCGCGGUACGUUUCGCCGCCGCGCGGAACAUCCGGCUAUCGGUACUCAACAGCGGACACGACUUCCUGGGCCGCAAUGAUGCGCCGUCUGGAUUGAGUCUGGAUAUUUCAAAGCUCGGGGGUGUUCGUGUUGCGACGGUGUAUACUGCUACGAGGGAGGGCGCGGUCGUUACAUUUGGUGCUGGAUUGUCUACGCAGCAGAUCAAUGAUGCGGUGGAUAGGAGCGGGCUGACGACGGUUGGCGCUGCACAUGGAAGCGUUAAAACCGCAGGCGGCUGGGGACAAGCCGGCGGCCACGGUCCACUGUCCAGCAAGUACGGCCUAGGCGUCGACCAAGUGCUGGAAUACAAAGUAGUCAUUGCCAACGGCUCGCUGCUGACUGCCAACUCCCUAUCCGAACCGGACCUGUUCUGGGCGCUGCGCGGGGGCGGCGGCGGAACAUUCGGCGUCGUCGUCGAGGCGACUAUCAAAGCAUACCCCACACCGAGGAUGACAGUCACGAAUUGGUGGAUCAAUGCCACCUCUUCCAGCACCACCACCAAUUCCACCACCAAUUCUACCAGCGAAUACUGGGAUGCUGUGGCGUACCUGCACUCGCAGUUUCCGGCGUUGAACAAGCGGGGCGUCCAGGGGUAUUUCUAUAUAUAUCCUGCGGCGGUGCAGGGGGUUUUCAUGACCGCCGGCUCGGACGCGGGGAUCUCGGCGGCGAAGGAGCGCUGGGAGCCGGUGCUGAAGCGGAUGGGGCGCUUCCCGGGCAUGAAGCCGGCGACGGCGAAGUACUACGACUACGCUAGCUACAAGGCCCGGCUUCUCUCCGCGGCUCACCUGCGGAGCCCACGCCUCGCCUCAGCGCUCGCGGCCGCCUACCCGCGCGCGCACGAGGGCCUCCUGCGCGGGCACCUCGUCGGCGGCGGCGCGGUGCUGUCCUCGGGCGAAAACACCUCCGUCCUCCCCGCCUGGCGGAGCGCCUACGUGCACCUCGUCGGCACUGGCGUCGGCCGCUUCAACGUGUCCAGCCUGCGCACGCUUGCGCCCGACUCCGGCGCAUACGUCAACGAGGCUAGCGCGCUGAAUCCGCACUGGAAGGGCGACUUCUGGGGAGGGAAUUAUAAGCGCCUCGCGGAGAUCAAGACUACCUACGAUCCGGAGGGCGUGUUCUGGAUUACCCCGGGGAUCGGUGCUGAUCGCUAUGAGGUCAGGGAUGGCAGGCUGUGCAGGAGCAAGGAGGUGCGGGAUACAGAGAUCGCGCCUACAAGCGAUAAUGUGAAUAUAGGCGUUAGACAUAAGGAGGGCUACGAUACUCUCUCGGCCUUCCCGGGGGCGAUGGAGCCGGAUCUCGACCAGGGGACUUGCAGGGCCGCCGCCGAGGGACAUGCGCGCAGAUGA